AAGCCGGACUUCCCGGUUCGGUGCUGCGCAAAACCCAAACUCCGAAGUCCGAACUAGGAAGUGGCUCGCCUUAAACCCUAGCAAAGCCGUCGGCCGCCGCUGACUCCCGUCCUGGCGAUUCCGCGGGAGCGCUUCUCUCCCUUGCCGGUGAGAACACGACAUCUUUCUGCCAGUUUCUUGUGUUCCAGCCUUUGGUUGAGGAAUCCGAGGUAGGGUUGCUAUGGGGAAAGGUGACAAGCAGGCAGUGAAAAGUGACAGUGAUGAGAUCAUAGACCUUGAUUACAGAGAUUUUUGGGGUUGGGGCGCUGAAAAGUUUGCUCGUUAUGUUAACAAUCUAUUGCACGACCGUCAUAACGUGGACUUGCACACAUUCCGUCUGCAUUGGGAUCCUGAUGUUCCCCUGAACUGCAAAGAUCUCAGAUCGUGGAUUAGCUACGCGGUGAAACAUAAAGUUAAAGUGCUUGACGUGGAACUUCGUAUGUAUGAUAAGACUAAUUUACCUCCUGGCAUUUUCACCUGUCGCUCACUUCAGGAGCUAAAUUUGCAGUGGGGUGGAGCUCCUUACCAAGACAUCGAACAUAAGGGACUUGUACCGCCUGACAUAAUCAGGCUUCCUUCUCUAAAAAAAUUGACUCUGCGCGAUGUCGAAGUGAGCGAGCUUCCUCUGAGCAGUUUCAUUGACCGGAGCCCUGGCCUAGAAGACUUGCAUUUGAUAGAAUCUGCAACAUGUCUUAAGCUCAUAGCCUCAAAGGUGCUAAAAAGGCUGACCCUUGAUGGUUCCAUGUAUGGAGUCGAGAACCUUGUAAUUUCUGCCCCUCAUCUCAUUAGCUUUGAGUGCACUGGUUGUUCACUGAAGGAUAUUUCCUGGAGAGACAAGCCAUCCUUAGAGAGAGCACGCAUACAUACUUGUGGGAGUACAUUUGGUGGUGAAUCUAGGUUUACAGAAGUUCUCGUGCACGCCAAAGAACUUGCAUUAUUUGGUUCUGACAUAAAGGUUAUGUUGGAAAAGGAGCUGCCUACAUGUUCAGUGUUUGAGAACCUUACAACUCUUGAACUUGGUAAAUGGGAUUUAACCAAGGACAUCUAUGCUGUGCUUCGCUUUCUCCAGCUUUCACCAAGACUAGAAGAACUCACUUUAAUGCAUAGGCUGCCUUACAAAGAAGCUGGAACAGAUGUUAUGCCAAUUGGCGAAAUGAGCUUCCAGUGCCCAUUCCUUGGAAGUGUGACCAUACAACGUUCAGAGGGUGAUACUGGAGUUGAUAAGCUGGUGGAUGUUCUGGUUGCGCAUGGGGUUAGUUCGGACAAGAUAAGGGUUACUUCCUAUGAAGAUAUCCAGAAGAAGGCUCACGCUGACAAGAUACGUGCCGAACAGGAGCGGCCGAAGAAAAAACUCAGAAUGGUUUGAUGAUGAUCCUUGCGGACCCCGAGUGACCCUGUUAGCGAGCAGAUGAUGAUCCUAAUGACUUUUGAGGAGUGUGGCCUUGGCACCAAUGAUUCUGACCAUGAUGCUUUCUAAGUAGAGCUCUGCAGGUUUUACUGUUUACCGAACAAUAGGCGUCCUUUGUUUUCUAAGUAGAGCUUUGCAUGAGACUUCAUUUUCAGUCCUUUUAAGUAUGUACUGGAACCUUGUGACUGCUGGAUUAUGGAGCAACGAGUCUUGCUCUUAUCUGUAUGCUGUAAUCAUUUGCACUGUUUCAGCAUAGUAGCUGCGUGGUGUAUUUGCUCCGCAUUCGAUUUU